AUGGCUUCUCACUGCACACUCUCACUCUCACUCUCACUCAUAUUCCUCCUAGUCUUCACCAUUAAUGCUUCUUCACCAUCAUCGUCAUCAACUUCUUCAGAAGCAGAUAUUCUGUUAACUUUCAAAUCCGCCAUUAAUGAUCCCAUGAACUACCUCUCAUCUUGGUCCAACACCACCACUACUCACCACUGUAACUGGACUGGUGUCACCUGUACCACCACCACCACCACCGUUUCAUCUCUCACCCUUCAAAAUCUCAAUCUCUCCGGUGAAAUCUCACCUUCGGUUUGUCAACUCUCUAAUCUCAUUACCCUUAACCUAGCUGAUAAUUUCUUUAACCAACCUAUUCCUCUGCAUCUUUCCCAGUGUUCUUCUUUAAACACUCUUAAUCUAAGUAGUAAUCUCAUCUGGGGUACAAUCCCAGAUCAGAUUUCUCAGUUUAAAUCUCUCAAGUUUCUUGAUUUGAGCAAAAACCAUGUCGAAGGGAAGAUACCAGAUGGAGUUGGGUCGUUACUGAAUCUUCAAGUUCUUAAUCUUGGCAAUAACUUGUUGUCAGGUAGUGUCCCUAAUGUUCUUGGAAACUUUACGGAGUUGAUUGUUCUUGAUUUGUCUGAAAACCCUUUUAUGGAGAGUGAGAUUCCGAGUGAUAUUGGGAAGCUUUUGAAACUUGAGCAGGUUUUGUUGCAAAGAUCUGGUUUUUAUGGUGAAAUACCGAACUCUAUUGUUGAAAUGAAGGAGUUGACAAUAGUUGACCUCUCUCAGAACAAUCUUACAGGUGUUUUACCUUCAAGAAUCGGAAGCUCUUUCGAAAAGUUGGUUUCUUUUGAUGUUUCACAAAACAAUCUUUUUGGGUCUUUCCCAGACGGGAUUUGUGAAUCCCCUGGGCUUACAAGUCUCACCCUUCAUACAAACUAUUUCAAUGGAACAUUACCCAAUACCUCAAUUGCUAAUUGCAUGAAUCUUGAAAGGUUAGAGCUUCAAAACAAUGGCUUUCAUGGCGAUUUCCCAAACAACUUGUGGUCAUUGCCUAAAAUCAAGGUUAUCAGAGCCGAAAACAACCGGUUUUCUGGUGAAAUACCUGAUUCCAUAUCAAUGUCUUCUCAAUUAGAACAAGUUCAGAUAGAUAACAACAGUUUCAUCGGCAAAAUCCCUCAUGGUCUUGGCAUGGUUAAAAGCUUGUACAGAUUCUCCGCCUCUCUUAAUGGCUUAUACGGUGAACUUCCACACAACUUUUGCGAUUCCCCACUAAUGAGCAUCAUCAAUUUCUCCCAUAAUUACAUUACUGGUGAAAUCCCAGAGCUAAAAGAAUGUAAAAAGUUAGUUUCUUUGUCUUUAGCAGAUAACAAUUUUGUUGGCGAAAUCCCAGAAUCGCUAGGAGAUUUACCUGUGCUAACUUACCUUGAUCUUUCCCAUAAUAAUCUCACAGGUAGAGUCCCUUCCUCAUUAACCGCAGGACUUCCCGCAUUAUACGUAGAAGGAAAUCCCGAUUUAUGUGGGCCCGGAUUGUCAAAUCCUUGUUCAAAAGAUGAUUCUCAGCACAAAAUAGCCGGGAUUUCAAAAUUGGCUUGCGCAUUGAUCUCCUUAGCUUUGUUAGCUGGGAUACUGAGUUUAGCAUUUGGGUUUUAUGUUCUUCGGAGAUCGUCAAUCCAAAAAUCUGAAACGGGUAUUUGGAGAUCCGUUUUCUUUUAUCCACUUCGAGUUACAGAGCAGGAUUUGAUCAUGGCAAUGGAUGAAAAGGCUUCUAGAGGUAGUUCUGGAGGUAUUGGAAGAGUUUACAUUGUAAACCUACCUAGUAACGAGCUUAUAGCUGUGAAGAAGAUAAACAAUAUCAGAAACCAAUCUUUUAAAACUUUGAAAACGGAAGUGAAGACGUUAGCCAAAAUCAGACACAAAAACAUAAUCAGAAUCUUGGGGUUUUGCCAUUCGGAUGAUUCAAUAUUUUUGAUCUAUGAAUGUAUGGAAAAAGGGAGUCUUGGUGAUUUGAUAAGCAAAGGUGACUUCCAAUUGGCAUGGAGUUUUCGCUUGAAAAUCGCCAUUGGAAUUGCUCAAGGAUUGGCUUAUCUUCACAAGGACUAUGUUCCUCAUUUGCUUCAUAGAGAUGUUAAGUCCAAAAAUGUUCUUUUGGACGCUGAAUUCGAGCCAAAGCUCACGGAUUUCGCAUUGGAUCGGAUUCUUGGUGAAAUUACAUUCAAGUCCUCCUUGGAUUCAAACUCAUCAUCUUCCUGCUACAUGGCACCAGAAUUAGGGUACAAUAAAAAGGCUACCGAACAAAUGGACACAUACGGAUUCGGUGUCAUCUUACUAGAACUUGUAACAGGUCGAGCAGCUGAACAAGUGGAAUCAAAUGAGGAGUCUCUUGAUGUUGUGAAGUGGGUAAGAAGGAAAGUUAACAUAAGUAAUGGGGCAGUUCAAAUUCUUGACCCGAAAAUUUCGUGUUCGUGUAAAAAAGAAGCUUUGGGAAUGCUUGAAAUAGCUCUAAAAUGCACAUCGGUUAUGCCUGAAAAACGACCUUCUAUGUGUGAAGUCGUGGUUGAACUUCGGUCUAUUGGCUCAAAGAAUUAUGCCUCUGAGUCUUGAUUUUGUUGCCAUUGGUUUGAUGUUCCAACCAAGAAACAAUGAUAUAUCAAGUUUAUGUAAAUUAUGAGUUUGAAUUGCUUUAUACAAUAUAUCCUUUUGUUUUUAU